AUCAUCAAUAGUAUCACGAACUAUUGUAAUAUUUUCUACCUAGCAGGAUACAAAAUAUAGAAUCUCCCAAUCUUAAUGAUUAUAAUUUAUUUGAUUUUGUAAUUGGCUAUUUUUAGUCAGUUUAAUAGGUUCAUUUUACCCAGAUACGACAACAAGUAUAGAUAAAAUAACUCGCGGAAACGCGAUCAGUGACGCCCAGUUAGUCGUGUCAUUUUGUAUUCAGUAGACCGUAACUGUGAUACUUUUAUACUUAUUGUUAGUAUUAUCUAAAAAGUAAAAAAUAUAAGACUUCUACCGUAUAGCCAUGAGUAAAAGAAAUACAAAUUUAUAUUCAUAUUUUUCAAAGAAAAAAAAAAACUGAUGAUACUGAAGAAAUUUUAACACAAUCUCAAUCCACCGACAUGAGCACAUCUAAUUCUUGUGACUCGACUACUCAGCAAUUAAAGAUGAAUGUUUAUGAUACUUCUGUUAAUGAAAUUAAAGCAGAUUAUGAUAUUGGUCUUUUUUAAAUACAAAUAUUCAAGAUAACUUACUUAAAUACCAACUUCUUAUGGCCCCAUGGAUUCCAAGUCUAAAAUAUAACUUUAAAGCUGAUAUUACACAUGGGAAAAGGCCCUUUUUACAUGAAUGGCUUAAGCAUUAUGUUUGGCUGUGUUAUUCUUCUGUUUUGAAAGGUGCAUUAUGUAAAUAUUGUGUACUAUUUGAAUCUCCAAUUAAAAGAGGUAGUUUUAAAGGUGUAUUUAUAAAAAACGUUUUUUGUAACUAUAAAAAAUUUCAUGAGCAAGCAAAAGUUCAUUUAAAUAGUGAUUGGCAUAAGUUUACAACAUUAAAAUCUAAAGAUUUUAUUUCUGUUAUGUUAAACAAAACAACAAAUGUUCAUCAAAUGAUUGAUAAUUCAGUUCAAUUAAUGACAGAGACUAAUACAUUAAAGCUAAAGUCAAUAGUUUCAUCAAUAUUUUUUCUUGGGACACAUGGCUUACCAUUAAGAGGUCAUUCUGACGAUUCUGCAUUGUUUAAUGAUUUGUUGAAGUUUAGAGUAGAAUGUGGUGAUAAUAUUUUAGAGGAUCACUUUAAAAAUGCUCCAAAGAAUGCAACUUAUUUAUCACAUCAUAUUCAAAAUGAAUUUAUUAAUAUUUUUGGGACUAUUACUUCAAAUAUAAUUUUGGAACAAAUUAAAAAAGCUGAAUGUUAUUGUAUCCUUGCUGAUGAAACAAUGGAUAUAUGUGGAACAGAACAAAUGUCAAUAUGUAUAAGGUAUACAUUUAUAGAAAAUCAAUCCCCAAUUAUGAGAGAAGAUUUUCUUGGAUUUAUAGCACUUAAUAAAUUAGAUGCAGAAAAUAUUUCAAAUGUAAUUAUUAAGUCAUUGCUUGAUUGGGGAUUAGACUUAAAUAAAUUAAUUGGUCAAGGAUAUGAUGGUGCUAGCACUAUGUCUGGUCAUAUUAGUGGGGUACAAAAACGAAUUCAAGAUAAGUGUAAUGAAGCAAUAUAUAUACAUUGUUCAAGUCACAAAUUAAAUUUAGUUUUGAAUGAAUUAAAUUAUAUUCCAAAAAUUAGGAAUACAAUCGCAAUUAUUAAAGAAAGUUCUCUUAGAAGUUCAGUUGCUCCAAGUUUAACAAAAUUGUGUUUAACGAGAUGGUUAGAAUCCCACAAGGCUUUGAGGAAGUUCUAUGAAAAGUAUAUUGAUAUUGUUGAAGCUCUUAAUUAUCUUAAAAUUAAUGGUAAUAAGGACACAUCAGUUAAAUCAGUAUAUAUUUUUAAUUCAAUAACUUCUCUACAGUUUUUAGUUUGUUUAAGGGUAAUUGCAAAAUAUUCAGCUAUUAUUGAACCGGUCACUAACAAACUACAAGGUGUAGAUAUUGAUUUAUUUUCAGUACACAAGCAUGUACAAAAUUUGACUGAUAUUAUUUCAGCUGAUAGAAGUAGUAGUGAACAGGUUUUUAACAUUUUGAUGAAAGAUAUUAAACAGUAUGCUGAUGAUGUUGGUAUUGAAUUUGUGGUACUCAGAAUUACUUCAAAACAGACACUAAGAUCAAAUUAUCCUACAAAUAAUCCAAUUGACUAUUACAGAAUGUUAGUUUUUCUUCCAUAUUUGGACUUAUUAAUAUCAUCUUUAACAUUUCGGUUUAAAAAAAAAAAAAUGAAGAUGCUUUUUGCAUAUUUUCUCUACAUCCAAAAAGUUUAAAAAAGUUUUCAAGAGAGGAAAUAGCUGAGCAUCUCAAUCGAAUUAAAAAAUUUUAUGGAGAAUUUAUGGACAAUAUUGUAGAAGGUUUAGUAUGGUAUAAUAUGUGGAGUUCAAAAGAAGUGUCAGAUAUAAUGGAUUUCAUUGAUGUUUUAAAAGAAACUGAAUUACUUCCUUCUAUACGAAUGUGUGCUAUGAUAGCAAUUUCACUUCCAGCAACGACUUGCAGUGUUGAAAGG